UGAGUGCUAUUACUUAAAGAGGGAAGGGUGCUUAAGUAAAUUCGCAUAUAUACAAGAUAAUCCAAAACGUGUCAGCAGCAUAUUAUUCUCCUUCUUCGUCUUCCGAGUGUUCGUUAGAUCAGAUCUCUUCGUGUUUUACAUUUCCAAUGGCGUCCUCCUGUGUUGCUAAUCUUUCUCUGUCAGGUGUGUCUCAAUCUCAUUAUGUCAAGGCAAAUGGGUUGUCUACCGCAAAGCUCAAUUCGAUUUGUAAAACCUCUGCAUUGAGUAUCCAGAAGAGAUCAAACCGGAGUCGCAAGUUUUCAGUUUCUGCAGAGUAUGGGAGUAGGAGAGGAAGUGGUGGUGGUGAUUUCGUUGCUGGUUUUCUUCUUGGUGGUGCUUUGUUCGGCGCUGCCGCUUACAUCUUUGCUCCACAGAUACGAAGAUCGAUAAUGAGUGAAGAAGAUGAGUAUGGUUUCAAGAAGCCAGAUCAACCAAGUUACUACGAUGAAGGUUUAGAGAAAACAAGGGAGACCUUGAACGAGAAAAUCGGACAGCUUAACUCAGCUAUUGACAAUGUCUCUUCGCGUUUAAGAGGUCGAGCAAAGAAGACUUCUUCCCCGGUCGAAACUGAUCCAGAAGUUGAAGCUACUACUUGAAAAGAACACAAAACACUUUUGCUUCUUCUCUGUUUUUUUUUCCAUUCGUAAUUGAUCUGUUGUGCUUCUUCUUCUUAUAUGUUGCUGCUGUGCUUCAGUUAGAACUCGUGCAAAGUGGAAAAAUAUACAGUCUUUUUGUUUUAGUGAAUUUUAAUUUGGUUUAACUCAAUU